AUGUAUCGAGCAAUCGUGUGGAAACCAUUCAAAGGAGAGACGGUAGAUGCCAUAGUUACAUCUGUCAAAAAUCAAGGUAUCUUUGCGGAAGUUGGCCCUCUCACCGUUUUUGUAUCCAAACACUUAAUUCCCCCGGAAAUCAAAUGGGAUCCAGAUGCAACACCUCCGCAGUAUACCGAUAAUGCAGACCAGGUUAUCGAGAAAGGUACCAACUUGAGGAUUAAAUUGAUUGGGCUUCGAAAUGACGUACGAAACAUGUUUGCUAUUGGGAGCAUUAAAGAAGAUUACCUGGGCAUCACGCAGUUCCUCGCCGCUAUUUUCCGAAUCAAAGCCGCGAAGUCGGCACCAACCAGGCUCAUGGUACUACUCAUCCCUACUAACAAUGCACCUCGGAUCAUUAGGAGUGAAACUGAGGACGCAAGCAAGGAUGCAAGAUGCGAAUCAGUGGAAGGAGGCACCGUCAUUUGGUUGAUGGAAGGACAGUGGCCAGAAAUUUCAACCGUGCUGGACAAAUAUGAGGCUUUGGGGUUGAAUAACCCCUCCUUGAGGAUACCCACGAAUCAGUCGGGAGUUGCCUUAGUUAUUGCCUACUGGCGGUGA